UUCUCGGUCUCUUUUCCUCCCCUUUACCCGGAGAGGAAGAAGAAGAAAAAAAGGUAGAGAAGAAUAAUUAUUUCCAUCCGAUUGAUGAUAAUCGAUAAUUAUUCUCUUUUUUCAGUCUUGGAAACUUCGAUUUUUCCUGGGUUUCUUUGUAUGGGUAUACAUGUUUGUUCACUCUAUAACUUCUAUCAAUAACUAUCCUAUCUCUUUCUAAUCGCAUACGUAAUUUUCUUGGAUAUCAUGAUACGGGAUUUUCUUUGGUUUCUCUUUGCUUUUAAUCCAAGUAGAGUUUCUUUAUGAAGGAGCCAAUAUUGCGUAUUCAUUUGACAAGAAGUUUCUAUGGAUUUGACAUAAUUAGUUUUAUUUGGGUUAAUCAAUUUAACCGAGAUAGUGAGGAAGGUUGUUGAUGCAUGUGAUUUAACUGAAAUAUGGCCUUGGCAUAGCUGAUUGGUGAAGCAAGAUUCAUGGAGGCCACCCUAAAUAGAUUGGAUAAUGUUUUGAUUGGUUUUACUUUGUUAUAGCUUUGGUAUAGUUUUAUGGAUGAUGUAAUUUUUGUAUUUCUGGUUUCCUUGAUUAUUUGGUAUGUAAAUGUGAAUAUAUAUGGGGGUCCGUUUAGUUGGUUGGAAAAUUAUAGGAUAGAGGUUUCUUUGCUUGAGCUUUUUUGACUGCUGAAAUUGCGGAAAAAGCGUUUCUUUAUUUAUAAAUAGAAAGUUUCUUUGCUAACAAAAGGGAAGGAGGACCCAUCUUUUUUGGGGGUUGAAAAAAUUAUGGGUCUGUGGGCAUGUUGGUCUCUUCUUUUCCCUUUAGCUUGCUUUCUUCCUUUUAUUUCUGUUUUGCCUGUAUGUGGUUAUUCAUGUGAUUGAUUAUGAGAUAAUUAAGGUAUUUGGCAACUCCUUUUCAUGAUUUGAUAAACUCUUUUUAAUUUAGUUUUUAUCAGUAUCAUUUUAGGAAAUAUCUCAAAAUUGAAUUGAUAGAAGAUUUUUGAUCACUUCAAUAUUAGCUUAUAUGAUGAUAAAGAAUUUAUUUUUUUUGGUUAAAUUUGUUGUUAUGCAUACACAGAUUUUUUGUUGUUUUCGGUUGUACACACUGAUUUUUGUUGUUUUUCAGUUAUGUAUGUUUAUGUUUGCUUGGACACAAACAGAUUUUUUAUAUUCUUUAGUUAUGUAUGUUUGGGCGUGCAUGCACAGAAGCAAAUCUUUGUUUAUAACUCAGAGAAGACUUCCAUAUGUUACCCAAUUUCUAGUUUAUUUGAGGUGGUAGUUUGGGAGUUCAAAUUUUUUAUUCUGAUACUUUCGAUGUCAACUAACGGUUCAAAGGGUGUUUACCUAUAGUGAUGGUCACAGUUGCCAACCCAAAAAUUUUAGCCCAACAGUUGUUAGAUGUCAGUGGGUCAUAUAAUAUAACCAAUAUGUACUCCGAGAAUGUUUUUUCUGCUGGGAUAUAUUAAACCCAUGGGUUGAAAAUGGGAAAUAAUUUAAAUCUUUUUCGUCCGGAGAGAUAAAAAAAUUUAAACCGGAAAUAAUUUAAAUCAUCUACAUUGAAAUCAUAAAUUUGAAUUGGAUUCUAAUGACCUCUUUUGUUUGUGAAAUUGACAUGAUAAUUAUAUUUGUUCUGCCACAUAAGGACUUGAAUGUUUAUGUAUGAAAGUGGUUUGUCCAAGUGCUGCUUGAUAUUUUUCAUUUUAAUCAUAAAAUGGGAUUUUUUAUUGAGCGUUUGUUCCUCUUUUUUUGGGGCUCAGUGGGCCUAUAAUUUAGGCAAUUGAUGAAUAAUUAUAGUGUAAUUUUUCUCAAAUGCUCUAUAAAUUAUACUGUACUUUGAAUUACAGUUGUGCAUUGAGAAUUAGAGGUGCCUUUGUAUAUUCAUGUGAAUUUUGAAGGAUGGGAAACUUUCCUGCUGAAAUCAUCUCUUGAACAUAACUUUUUAAAUUGUCAAUGGAGUAAUUUAUAUGAAUGCUUGUUUGGCUGCAGAAAUUAGUGGUCCUUAUAUUGGUAAUUUAUGCUGUCAUCAUGCAAAGUGCUAAACAGUUGUGUUUCUUGUAUGAGACUGGGAUGUAUAGGAGUAUGAUAAUAUCCGGCAAAUCAUGCCUAUUCUUUUAUUGUGUUUUCUUUCUCUCUCCUAUUGAAAUCAAGUCCAAUUUAAUUCUCUAGAAAAGUGUAUGUUUAUGUCUUUGGAAUGUCUCCCUGACUGUUGGUUUGUUUUUAACAUCAUAACAAAUGUUAAGGUUUGCCUUUUUUUUUCCCUGCAAAAUAGGGUGGCCUUUCCCACUCGGUUGACUUUAUGGAGAGGAAAAAAUUAAUUAUUCCAUUUAUCCUGAGUCCCUGACAUUGUUGAAUUCAGGAUUGGUUUGUGGUGCUGAAUUCCUGAUUACCAUAACCUUUUACAUGGCUCUUUUGAUAAAUUUUGAUACAAAUGUAGUCACUUAUUUUAUCAAGAUCAGUAACUAUGUAUUCUGAUGACUCCGUGAAUCUUUAUUUUUAUAUAUUUCCAUGAAUUAUGAUCCUCUCUGUAAAGGGUUUCUCAAUUUUAUAAUACCUCUAGCUGAUCAAAAACCAGAGGGAAACAAUGUUUCUUUAGCUAAAGAAGUGUGCGCUAUGCUUAGACAUUUUUAUUGAAGUCAAAACCAAUUGAAGGCCUUGACUACAGGGUAUGUUAUUGUUCUUACAGAAACAAAGGUCUACACUUCUUCACAUGGAUGAAUAUUCUGGUAAAAGAGCAGUUGGGGGGCUUGUUGUCCCUAGAAGGGGAUCCAACCUUGUUUUGAGGGAUACACCCGAGAACAGGGAUCAAAAUCCACAAUUCUGCAAUCGGAUUGGAUGCAAUGGCAGACUUAACUAUUCAAAAGGUACCCAAACUGGAAGUUCUGGGAAACUCAAAUCUCCGAAGCCGUCUUUCCGUUCUAGUGGCAAAGAAAUAAUCGGAAGUUCCUCCAGGACUUGCUCUUUAUUGACCAAUACAAGAAAAUCUUUCCAGGAAUCCCAGAAAAAGCAGUCUUCUCAGUUAGAAACAGAUUCAUCAGAAACUAGUAGUGUUCAGGAUGAGCCAGAAGUUCCAGAGCUUAUCCCUUCACUUACUGACACAGGAUUUAACUCGGAAGCUAAAAAUGCUGAGCCUGCUAAAGUCACAUUGAUGGAAGGGGGGAGCUCUAGUGUAGCACCAAAUUCAAGAACUAGAAAGGUUUUUCGUCCAAAAUCCGUGUUGAUCAACCAAGAUACUCUGCCAGGUUCCCCUCUUUCAUUGGCAGCUAAAAGCACUGGUCAGGGGGCAAGAAACAGUACAAAUGCUGGCAGGUAUGGUUUGAGAAAUUUAAGAUGCAACUCAAUUUCAGAUGUCCUCCCACAAGGUUGUUCAUCAUUAGAGCCAAACACUGGUACAAAGAGGUAUAUAGUGAAAAAUAGAAAUCCUGAAGGAGAAAGCAGCUCGUCUGUUAGAGGGAAGAAGAUGAAUGGGCCAUUAUUUGAAGAUGGGCGCACCAACUUUUCUAAUGGUGGCAUCUCCAUUUGUGAUUCAAGACGAGGCCGAAACUUCCCCCCUACCAGGGAUUGUGGUGUUGCAUCAGUUAGGAAUCGGAGGUCAAUGAGUGGUAACGCUAGAAUGGCACUCUCUAAUCAAGCAAAUGGAAGCAAUUCCUCACGGAAUGAGUCCCCUGUUUAUAUCCCACAAGCACCUCAACCCAAUGUAGUAGUUAAUGAGACUUAUCCUAGUUCAUCACAUCAGUUCUCUUCGGAAGCUUCCUCAAGGCGCUCAAGUUCAUAUAGUCGGCCUGCUGGUAGUGGUGAUAAUAUAACCAAUAUGAUGCCCAUCAGUCCUGCAGAAGUGGGCAUGACCCACUAUAUGAGUCAUGAUGGCUUGCGGCGAUACAACAUGGAUGGAAUUGCAGAGGUUCUAUUGGCACUUGAGAGAAUUGAACAAGAUGAAGACCUAACAUAUGAGCAAUUACUUGCUCUGGAGACAAAUCUAUUCCUUGGUGGGCUUAACUUAUAUGACCAGCAUAGAGACAUGAGACUAGAUAUUGAUGACAUGUCAUAUGAGGAAUUAUUAGCCCUAGAAGAAAAGAUGGGUAAUGUGAGCACAGCACUAUCCGAGGAUGCAUUGUCAAAGUGCCUUAGGAGAAGCACCUACCAAUCUACACCUACAGAAGAAGGCACUAUGGGAUGCAAUGGAGAUGGAGAUGAUAGUAAAUGCAGUGUUUGUCAGGUGGAGUAUGCCGUUGGAGAUGAAGUUGGGAAGUUGGGAUGUGAUCAUGGGUAUCAUGUGGAAUGCAUACGUCAGUGGCUACGGCUGAAGAAUUGGUGCCCCAUCUGCAAGACCUCGGUGGCACCAUCAGAGUCAUUCUCACCCUCGUAUCCAAACCAGAUGGGGUAGAUUGUUUCCUUCUGUACAAAUCAUGUGUCUCCUUCGGUUAUCUCUAUUCUUAUUUCUUCUUUCCAUGUACAUAUACAAUACUUUCAUUACAAAUCAACCAAUAAACCCAGGCUCUUGGCUUUGUGGUUGGAACUCCAUUCAAGCUUUGAAUGGAAAUAUUUACAAAUUGCUCCUCUUAUUUAGAGUUGUUUGUUUCACUCUUUUUUUUCAAUUAAAUGGUGGAACUGACCCCAACCUGAGGUGUAAAACUUCCGGCUGUGUAGAUCUCUGAGCCUACUUCCUUCAGAUGUAUCGUUGGCUCCCUACAACCACAAACUUUGUUGGCAUGGGUGUAAUUGCUGCAUCUGUCAUGGAAGUCAUAGCAAAC